GGGAUUGCAUCUAAUCUUUUGUAACGAUUCCUUUUAAAAUCCCUAAUUUCAAAAAAAAAAAAAAAAAAAUUCCUCUUAAAAUCCCUCUAGGCCUUUCAAUUUACGGCAACCGACUUGUCCUUCACCAUUGCCGCUCUCCCUCACUGCCUACCCUAUCCGUCCGCGGCGUUGUUCACUGUGGCUGAGGGCAUGGCAUCUUCAGACGAUGAGGCCGAUGUUGGGCCACAGUCUGUCUCAAACUAUUAUUUUGUGGAUGAUGAAGAUGCGCCAACUUCAUUCUCAGUGUUACCACUUCAAUGGAGCAAAAGUGAGAGUGUCAAUGAAAAGAAAAAACAACAGAUGUUCUUGCAUGGGAGUGUAGAUAAUGGACUUCAGACCAUACACAAGGAAGUCACGGCAUGGAAGUUUGAUCUUUUGAAUGAAAUUCCAGAUAUAUCAGUGCUCACCAAGGAGAAUAAUUGGAUCAAACUGGAAAAGCCAAGGAAGAGCUUCGAGGAAAUAAUUAGGACAGUCCUGAUUACAGUGCACUGUCUUCAUUUUGCAAGGAGGAAUCCAGAGGCAUCUGGCAAAUCUGUGUGGGACCACUUGUGCAAAGUUUUCAGUUUAUACGAUGUUAGACCUUCUCUAAAUGACUUGGUGGACCACAUGGCUUUAAUAUCUGAAGCUGUUAGAAGGGAUGAUUGGUUAGCAAAGUCCAAGUUCCUACUCGCAUUUCUUGAGGAAAAGCCAAGGAAGAGAAAGCUCUCUGAUGAGGAUGUGAAAGCUACAACUGUUUCUGCAUUUAUAGUUGAUAAUGUGGAUGAUGACAUCCUUGAAGAUGCAGUAGAAGAUGAGUCUGAUGAAGUUGAUGAGUUGUUUGAUUCUGUUUGUGCAAUUUGUGACAAUGGUGGUGCCCUUCUAUGUUGUGAAGGGAGUUGCAUGAGGUCAUUUCAUCCAACAAGACUAGAUGGUGAAGAGUCUAAUUGUGACACUCUUGGCUUUACACGGAGGGAAGUUGAUGCAAUUGAGAGGUUUUUAUGUAAGAAUUGUGAAUAUAAUCAGCAUCAGUGCUUUGCUUGUGGAGAGUUGGGCUACUCAAAUAAAUCUUCUGGUGCUGAGGUGUUUCGUUGUGCUAAUGCAACCUGUGGUCAUUUUUAUCACUCGCAUUGCAUUGCAAAAUUACUUCACCAAGAAGAUGAAGUUGCUGUUGGGGAGCUUGAGAAAAAAGUUGCUACAGGAGAGUCUUUUACUUGCCCCAUUCAUAAAUGCUACAUUUGUAAAAAAGGAGAGAAUAAGAAGAUAAAGGAGCUACAAUUUGCUGUAUGCAGGCGGUGUCCCACAUCAUACCACCGAAAAUGCUUGCCAAAGGAGAUAGUUUUUGAAAAGAAAGAAGAAGAAGAAGAAGAAGAAGAAGAAGAAGGGAAAGGAGGAGGAGGAGGAGGAGAAGAAGAAGAGGAAGAGACAGCAGCAGCAAGGGCAUGGGAGGGCCUAUUGCCAAACCGUGUAUUAAUAUAUUGCUUAAAACAUGAGAUCAUUGAUGACCUUGGAACUCCCAGUAGAGACAUAAGGUUCCCUAAUGUUGAAGAAAAGAAGAAAAAACGGAUAUUAGAGUUGCCUGGAAGCUCAGGGAAACUUUUGCCAAAGAAAAGAAGGCUUACAUCAGAAGACUCUUUUUCAGCAAAAACUGUUGCUAAAGAACUUAAUGGGUCAUAUUCUGGUGUGACAAAGAUUGCAAGUAUCAAAAGAAGUGAAAAAAUAUCAUCUGGAUCAGAUUUGUUGAGGAAAGUGAAAACAAAUGAUGCAUUCAGAAAAUCUUUAAAGGAAAAUACAAAGUCUUGCUCAACAGAUGUGGAUAGGUCUGCAACAACUACCAUAAACAAGACUUCACUGGGUGACAGAUUAUAUAGGGUUAUGACUAAAAGGUCUGAGCAAGUAAAACUUCAGAAGCAGGUUUUGCAUAGUAGUGAACUCAAUAAAACUAUGACAGUUAAGACUUCAGCCCGGAAGUUAAGCAAUGAAUUACCUUCAUUGGACGCUGAAACAGAGAAGAGAAUUUUGGCUUUAAUAAAAGAGGCUGCAUCAUCAAUAACUAUGGAUGAUGUCAAGAAAAAGCAUAAAGUUCCAUCUACACAUGCAUACUCAUCAAAAACUGUUGUUGACAAGACAAUUACGACAGGAAAGGUGGAGGGUGCAGUUGAGGCUGUCAGGACAGCUUUGAGGAAGCUAGAAGAUGGAUGCAGCACUGAAGAUGCCAAAGCUGUUUGUGAACCAGAGGUUCUGAAUCAGGUUUUUAAGUGGAAGAACAAGCUUAGAGUGUAUCUUGCACCAUUUCUCUAUGGAAUGCGUUAUACAUCCUUUGGCCGCCAUUUUACGAAAGUGGAGAAACUGAAAGAGAUUGUCAAUGUGCUCCAUUGGUAUGUACAAGAUGGUGAUAUGGUUGUUGACUUCUGUUGUGGUGCGAAUGAUUUUAGUUGUCUUAUGAAAAAGAAGCUUGAAGAGACAGGGAAGAAAUGCUCAUAUAAAAACUAUGAUGUUUUCCAACCAAAGAAUGACUUCAAUUUUGAGAAGAGGGAUUGGAUGACUGUUCAACCAGAUGAGCUGCCAAAAAGGGGUUCACAGUUGAUCAUGGGACUCAACCCUCCUUUUGGAGUAAAAGCAGCAUUGGCUAACAAGUUCAUUGAUAAGGCACUUGAAUUUAAACCAAAACUCCUUAUUCUGAUUGUUCCACCAGAAACAGAAAGGUUAGACAAAAAGCGUACACCUUACGAUCUUGUUUGGGAGGAUGAUCAGUUUUUGUCAGGGAAGUCAUUUUAUCUACCUGGUUCUGUUGAUGAGAAUGAUAAACAAAUGGAACAGUGGAACGUGACUGCCCCACUUCUUUAUCUUUGGAGCCGUCCUGAUUGGAGUGUAAAACACAAGGCCAUAGCUCAGAAGCAUGAUCAUUUAUUCAUGCGACGGGGAGGAUCCAAUUUGGAAAAAAGUUGCCAUGACUCAAAAUCCCCUGAUCAUCCAGUGGAGGUUCACUGUUGCAAUCCUGGUACUUCAGAGGUGACAGAUGAUCUUUACAUGGAAAGUAAAGAACCUAAUCAUGAGAUAGCUUUGAUUGGAGGUCGUAAAGAAUGCUCUCCUCAUGAAAAUGGUGACAAAGAAAGCCAAGAUAGUCACGGCCUUGAGAGAAACCGGUCUGAGGAGACUUCAAGGAAGACUAAGCAUAUUGAAGAUAAGAUUGGCAGAGGAACGGGUGAAAAAUUACCCAAGAACAAGUGGAAAGGUGGAAAGCCUUCUGGAAGUGAUACGAACAAGGAAGUGCCUCAUCGUUCACCAACCAACGUGGUUGAUGGUAGAACCUCACAGGAAGGUCCCCCAUCUAGAUCUCUUGAAACGCCCAUGCACACAAAGGUUGGCGAAAAUAGUUUGCCAAAUUUGGAGUCUGGCAUGCCUAGCUCACAUCUGCCAUAUGGAACAGCUUAUGGUGGGAGCAUGUCCUAUGUUCAUGAAGAUGUGGGUAGCAAAUACAGCAUGAAUGGUAUGGAGUAUUCACAUGGCAUUCAUGGAUUUCCUCAUGCUAACUUGGAGGAACAAUCGACAGGGAACAUGAGAGAGAUUGCAGAGGAUAUUGGUUAUCGAUCAUAUGUCACUGGAUUAGAGAGGGGGUCAGAUAUGCGGUCGCAAGUUCGAUUUUAUGGACAAGAUGUUGAUUAUUCCGUCCAAAGAAAUUAUUUGGGUGGUCUUGAGCCAGGAUAUGGCCAAAUGGGACCACUAUCAUCUAUCCCUUAUGGCCAUGUGGGUGCAGCUGUAGAGUCAUCCUAUAGGAUGAACAUGCCUGCAAUGCAGCGAUAUGCACCUAGACUGGAUGAGUUGAACCAUACAAGGAUGAAUAAUUUUGGUUCUGAUCCAUCCAUGUUGAACAGAAAUAAUAUCAUAUACGAUUCUAGAGCACCUCGACCAGGCCCUCCUGGCGGCCAUGUUGAUUCAAUGGGCUUUGCUCCAGGUCCUCAGUAUCCUUAUCCUCAUAGCUCAGCAGGUUGGCUCAAUGAGUAGUUAAAAGUUGUAACUCUAGGCCGCCUUACAUUUUGAUUAUGGUAAAAUAUAAAGGUUUUCUUACUAGUAGUUAUUAUAAGAUACUUAUUUGCAUGGUAGCUAGAAGUGGGUUCUGCAGCCUUUCCAAACAGUGCACAGUUAUCAAUAAGUAUAUUAUAUAUUGUCUAUAGUUGGUUA